CUAUGGGACGAUUCGGGGAUUUCCUGGAUCGCGUCCACCAACAUGUCAAAGAGAAGUAUGGAACACCACCUGCUUCUCCUCAGCCCUACAGUCCUCCUUCGAACCAGCCAGAUGGUCAUUGGCCGACACAAGAGAGCGUCCCGACUUUCCCUCCAGGAGCAAGCCCUGCGGUCGCCAGAACUGGGCCACAGACAGUGUUUGCGCAUUUUAUCGUGGGAUGCGCGGCUGCCAUGACCCCUGAACAAUGGGAGUCGGAUAUAAUCGAGGCCCAAAAGUGCCAUAUUGAUGGCUUCGCGCUCAACAUCGCCCCCCAGGAUAGUUACACCGACCAGGUCCUGGAAAAUGCGUACAGUGCGGCUGAAAGAGUCGGGAAUUUUACCCUAUUCCUUUCCUUCGACUAUGGGUCGGGGGGGCCAUGGCCAGUGGACCGUGUCAUUCACACCAUCAACACCUUCGCACACCGCAGCCCCCAGUAUUUCUAUCAAGGAAGGCCACUGGUUUCCACCUUUAUCGGAGUCUCAAGCGCCGGAGACUGGGUCGACAUCAAGCGCGCCACGAAUUGUUUCUUCGUCCCUAGCUGGCCCGACUGCGGCGCUGCCGCCAUCACCAACUACCUCGAUAUUGUUGAUGGUGCUUUCAGCUGGGAUGCAUGGCCCGUAGGCGCCGAACAGAAGAACACCGCCAACGAUGAACAUUGGAUCCAGUCCUUGGAUGGUCGGCCGUACAUGAUGCCCGUUUCACCUUGGUUCUACACGAACUUGCCUCAGUGGGACAAGAAUUGGCUGUGGCGCGGCGAUGAUCUCUGGCACUACCGGUGGGAGCAGGUGAUGAGAUUGCAGCCAGCUUGGGUUCAGAUCAUUAGCUGGAACGACUACGGCGAAGCACACUAUAUCGGGCCCAUCCACGAGGCCGGGGUACCCGAUGGAGCCGGUCGCUAUUGUUUUGGACACCCUCACGACGCAUGGAGGGCACUUUUGCCCCACUACAUUGACGCCUACCGGAACGGCGGCGUGGUUGAUCCCAACCAACCCCGACCUCACUUGUCCUUUGCGGAUAAGAUUGUGUACUGGUAUCGUACGAACCCUAGUCAUGCCGGCAGUACCAAUGGGACGACCGGCAACAACCCGGGGGUGGGCCAAGAGGAAUUGCACCCGGGCGAGGUAUCCCAGGAUCGGGUGUUUGUCAGCGUGAUUGUGGGGAGCCCGAGCGAAAUUCACAUACAGAUUGGGGAUGGAACGCCCAAUAUCGUACAAGCCUCGGGGGCGGGCGUUCAUCACUGCUCGGUUCCCUUCGAUGGAGAAACAGGACCCGUGAAGAUCAUGAUUGUGCGCGACGAGCAGGUGAUGGCAUCGGCAACUGGACCGGCCAUUACAGAGGAAUGUCAGGAUGGCAAUAAAAGCUUCAUUGAGCUUCGAGAAGCCGCUCUGGCCCAUCGCCCAGCCUCCCAGACCAGCCCGCUCCCCGACCAUGUCUAUCCCACGCGAGCAACCACGGUAUCACCUCCUUCCACCGCCUCCUUCGAUCCGAGUGCAUACUCCCAGCCGUAUUGUGAUUUCAUGACCGCGAACCCGACCAUCUUCCACGCCGUCGAUGCCUUCACCGCCCAGCUCGAAAGCAAAGGGUACAAGCGCCUGCACGAGCGCGAAUCCUGGACGAACAAGCUCGUGCGUGGUGGGAAGUACUACUGCACGCGGAACUCCAGCGCCUUCAUCGCCUUCUCCGUCGGCAAGGAGUACAAGAGCGGCAAUGGCGUGGCGAUCGUGGCCGGACACAUCGACGCCCUCACCGCCAAGUUGAAGCCGGUGUCGAAGCUGCCCACGAAGGCCGGGUUCGUGCAGCUCGGCGUGGCGCCGUACGCAGGGGCCUUGAAUGAGACCUGGUGGGAUCGGGACCUCUCGAUCGGCGGGCGCGUGCUCGUGCGCGACCCCAGCAGCGGAAAGAUCGAGUCCAAGCUGGUGAAGCUCGACUGGCCCAUUGCCCGCGUCCCUACCCUGGCGCCGCACUUCGGCGCCCCCAGCCAGGGCCCCUUCAACAAGGAGACCCAGAUGGUGCCCAUCAUCGGCGUCGACAACUCGGACCUCUUCUCCACGUCCGCCGACACUCCGUCCGCCUUCCAAGCCGGCAGCUUCGCCGCGACGCAGCCCGAGAAACUCGUCCGGGUCAUCUCGCGCGAGCUCCAGAUCCACGACCCCCACACGAUCGUCUCGUGGGAGCUGGAACUUUACGACAGCCAGCCGGCUCAACUGGGCGGCCUGGAGAAGGACCUGAUCUUCGCGGGCCGCAUCGACGACAAGCUCUGCUGCUACGCGGCGCAGGAGGCGCUCCUGGCCUCGCCGGACUCCACCUCGCCGGCCUCGAUCAAGAUGGUCGGCAUGUUCGACGACGAGGAGAUCGGCAGCCUGCUGCGCCAGGGCGCGCGCUCCAACUUCAUGUCCAGCAUCAUCGAGCGCAUCGCCGAGGCCUUCGCCGACCCCGCCGCCGCCACCGCCUACGGGCCCAACCUCCUCUCGCAGACCGUCGCCAACAGCUUCCUCGUCUCCUCGGACGUCAUCCACGCCGUCAACCCCAACUUCCUGAACGUCUACCUCGAAAACCACGCCCCGCGCCUCAACGUCGGCGUCGCCGUCUCCGCCGACUCCAACGGCCACAUGACCACCGACAGCGUCAGCCACGGCUUCAUGAAGCGCGUCGCCGACAAGUGCGGCGCCACCCUCCAGGUCUUCCAGAUCCGCAACGACUCCCGCAGCGGCGGCACCAUCGGCCCCAUGACCAGCGCCCGCAUCGGCAUGCGCGCCAUCGACAUGGGCAUCCCCCAGCUCAGCAUGCACAGCAUCCGCGCCACCACGGGCAGUCUGGAUCCCGGUCUGGGCGUCAAGCUGUUCAAGGGCUUUUUCGAUCACUUCGAGGAGGUGGACGCGGAGUUUGCGGCCUUCUAGAUCGGAUAGACCCGACGUCUCAAGAAACAUUCGGGUCGGGAUGUAUGAGGUUGGUCCGGUAGGAAUAGAAUCUGAUACGCUUUUGUCUAGACUAUAUAUUUCAGUUAGAGAGGGGGGAGAUGUAGCUGGGUUGCAUUGCAUACAUGACUAUGAUAUUAAGGCUAGAAGUAUACUCCACGAUCUACACUUUCAUACGAACGUGAGUAGGGAGAUACAGACUCAUCCUUAAGAGUUGUGAUAGUCAAUUUGUUAAUGCCUAUACAAUCUCAAAUCCUCGGGAGUGCACUAGGUCCUCAUCUAAACCCCAAGCC